GGGCUCAUGUUAACAUCUUUGUUGGAUAUGUUGAAUAGAUGCCAUUCCAUCCAACAAAGCCAUGCUCUUGCAAAUAUAUGUUUCUAUGAAGGCUAUGCCAUGGUACACUGCUCUUCCAACUAUUUCUGAGUACAUGGUUGAAAAUGGCUGGACAAAGUGCUUUCCAAGAAUAAGCGAUGUAGGUUGGCUUGCCUACAUUUUGUAUUUAGUGAUUUAUCUUAUAAUUGUGGAAUUUGGUAUUUAUUGGAUGCAUAGAGAGCUGCAUGACAUAAAACCUCUUUAUAAGCAUCUUCAUGCUACCCAUCACAUCUACAACAAACAAAAUAGGCUUUCGCCAUUUGCUGGUUUGGCUUUUCACCCGCUCGAUGGGAUAUUGCAGGCGGUACCACAUGUCACAGCACUAUUUCUUGUGCCAACCCAUUUUAUGACACACGUAUUGCUCCUCUUCAUCGAGGGUAUAUGGACGGCAAACAUUCAUGAUUGCAUCCAUGGCAACUUAUGGCCUGCUAUGGGUGCUGGCUACCACACCAUUCAUCAUACGACAUACCGUCAUAACUAUGGCCAUUAUAUCAUAUGGAUGGAUUGGAUCUUUGGCACUCUUCGUGACCCCCUGGAUGAUGAAUCGAAGGAUAUAUGAUGCUCUUGCCUUCACACC